CCCUCGCUUGCCCCUUCACAGACCCCUCGCUUGGUCUGUGUUUGAAUGUGGGUGCAGGAGUGUUCAAGCACAUGUGUCCGCCCAGGCUGCCGGAGCACAAGGGAAGCUUGUGAGUGUUGCUGCUUUGUAGCAAAGGAGCUGCAGAAUUCUCCGGAAAACGGAGAGCUGCCUCAGACAUGGCUCAGCGCUGCUGAGGGUCAUCCACAGGCAAGCGACCAGAGAGGGACAGUGAUACAGCUGGAUGAUGGUGGUGGAGGAAGUCAUGAUCACCCUGUCAGGGGGGGCACCGUGGGGUUUCAGGCUCCAAGGUGGUGCCGAACAGAAGAAACCACUACAGGUGGCAAAGGUGCGCAAGCGCAGCAAAGCAUGCCGGGCAGGUCUUCGUCAGGCUGAUGAGUUGGUGUCCAUCAAUGAGAGCCCGUGUAAUGGACUGUCUCAUGCCCAAGCUAUGAACCUCAUCGACAGCUCCUCCGGGACGCUACACUUGCGGGUCAAAAGAGUACCAGUGGGAUUCCAGUCUGUGGUGCUGUUGACCCGAGCUCCAUCCCCAAGGAUUGACAAGGAGUAUCGGGCCUCUCUAAGGCCCAAGUCUCCGAAACCACCCCAGCUAGUGUCAAGGUCGUACCCCAAGUCGGGCAACGAGAGCUGGGUGAGGCAGGACUUGCCGACCUCCACACACGGCAGUGAGGCCUACUACUGCGAGACAGACAGCGACGUGGAUGUGACACAUGAGAAACAGCGAAGGCAGAAGCGCCGCAGCCCCAGCACCAUGCCAGCCAGGACCGUAGGCAGGGAGUCCCCAGAAGAGACCUCUGAGAUGAGUGGCUAUGACAGCGCCCCCGAUGCCCGUACCUAUGUUCCUGCUCCAGGGAGCUGCAUGGCCAAUGGCAGGGAGCCCAUGUGGACUUUGCCACCGGGGAAUCUUCCAGGUGUAGCACAAAAGGAGGUGGUUUAUCAGCCCGAGGCAGGCGAGUGGUCCUUCCAGAGGGAGACCUCCAAGAACUCUUUGGCGAACACAGACGAUCAAAACCCACAAAACGGAAGGGCAGAGGUGGACAGUGGCUUCCAGGAGCCCUCCAGCCUCCCACCACUGGUAUCCCCUGAGCGGGCCAGAGAAGCUCGCCAGCUGGCCUCCAGCAAGCAGUUGGUGCCAAUGGUGGGGCCAGUGGACAACCCUGUGGAUGAGGAGCUCACCAUCACCUACAUGGACAAGGCGAAACAAGCCAAGCUGCACAGAGGUGACACAGUACAGGACCAUCAGAUAAAGGAGGCACGCACCAAAUGCCGGACCAUUGCCUCACUGCUGACAGAUGCACCCAACCCACACUCCAGGGGUGUGCUGAUGUUUAAGAAGCGCAGGCAGCGUUCCAAGAAGUACACCCUGACCAGCUUCGGCAGCGUGGACGAGGACAUACUGCGGGACUCGCAUGAAGACGAUGGUGUCCUGCCUGGCAGCGAGUCAGAGUUUGACGAGGAUGGCUUCACCACAGCGCCAGAUCCUACCUGGGACAGCGACUACCUGGAGGCCCUGGAGAAGAGGGGUGGAGGCAGGCAGGAGGGGGCGGAGAGCCCAGGGCUGACAGCUACCUCAGGAAAGGGCGCCCGCCUCUUUGAGCAGCAGAGGAAGAGGGCAGAGGAGCAUGUGAAGAAGAUGGCCAUGCAGCAGGUGCAACAGACUCCACCUCCUCAGGAGUCCCCCCCUCCAGAGGCAGAGGCCCCGCCCAUGCCAGCCCCCACCCUUCCUCUAGCCACCUGCUACAAUGUCACCACUGUAGGGCCAGUCACCACGAGCAUAGCCUCUGCGGUGCCAGAAACCACCCCACCCUCAAUGCUGCAAGAGCUGCCAUCACCCUUGCUUGCAGCCUUGCCAUCCAGCUCUGUGGUGAAUAGAACUGCACGACCAUUCACCCCAGGCUUCAUUACCCACCGUGCCUCCACUGCACCUGUGGUGUUCCGGCCCCACUUCACCAAGCAGACUAAGCCCACCAUGACCUCUGAGGGUAUACCAGCCCCUCUCUCCACUGCCGGUGCUGUGUCUUCCCCUCAUGCUGCUGCCCCUGCCACUGCUCCCCCAUUCAUCUUUCCGCCUGCUUCCUCUACAGGGGAUGAGCCCUUCUCCCCGCCACUAACUUUGGCCACAUCCGUUCCUUCUGGGACAGCAUCUUCCCAGCCAAAAUCUUCCAAUCUUUUCAAGAGCAGCGACACCUCACUUCCUGAUCCAGUGAGGCCCUCCCAACUCAUGUCCUGUGAACAGCGGCCUGCCGCCCCCACCAGCCGUACUGGGAUCCUCUUGGAAGCGCACCGCCGGGCCUAUAAGAAACCCCUGUUCAGCGGGCCUGAGGAUAAGAAGACGGCCACCCCUAACCCAGAAUUACUCUCUCUGGUGCAGAACCUUGAUGAGAGGCCCAAGGCGGGCCAGGAGCUCAACUUUGAGUCCGGCCCGGAUGAGGAUGUGUUCAGCCCGGAUGGGGAGACAAGAGACUUCACACAGGCCCAGAAGAACAAGGUUCCCCCUCCAGUGGCACCAAAACCACGUGUGAUGCCCGCGAUCGCCCAUGUGCCAUCCGGCAUGGAGGGCAAAGGCGCCGAGCUGUUUGCGCGCCGGCAGACCCGCAUGGAUCGCUACGUGGUGGAAAGCAGUGGAUGCCAGCUGCCAGACCUGCCCCGUUCACCUCCCCCCACGCCCUCCCUCCCAGCGCACUGGAAGUACUCACCCAACAUCCGUGCACCUCCCCCCAUUGGCUACAACCCACUGCUCUCCCCUUCCUAUCCACUGGGGGCGCAACGCAGCAAAGCAUCCAUGACCUCUCAAGGGGGUCACAACAGGGGAAGCCAGCAGAAAGAGGGGAUCCGUGCUCUGGAUUUCAUGAGGAGGCAGCCCUACCAGCUGAACCCCGCUAUGUUUAGCUUUUCUAGCGUCGCGGCAGACCAGCGGCAGCAGCACCACCGCAGCGAUCACAUGACGGGCAGCACCCUCAGCGCUCCGCGACAGAUCCCCAUCAGGUCGGUGGGUGUGCGCGAGAUCCGCCGCUUCUCCACACCCACACCCAUGUCGGCGUCCACCUCCCUGAUGCCCACUGUCAUCACCCCCCGAGCUGCCACCACACUGGGGGAGCCCCUACUCUGCCCUGACGUUACCUCGCCCAGCACCACAGCAGAGUCCCCUCCAUCACUUCCUACAGCAGCCCUCCCUGAAUUACCAAAAAUAUCCAGCGUGCCUGUGCCGAGCCGGGUACGUGUCGCCGGUCCUGUUCCUUUCCCGGGCCCUGCCAACACGGGCCUCCAGGUAUCGAAGCUCUUCCUGAGUGCCCCUGAGCUGAGCCCCCUGCGCUCGCCCACUGUCCAGGCCCCCAAACCACGCUUCGUAGCUUCAAGAAAAGGGGCUCAGAUGAGCAUGUGGAGGCCGGGGGGGGCACACCCCUAAGGCCUGCCCUCCUAACCCCUGCAAUGUCACCCUAUGGCAGCUUCUGUUAUACAUUGUACCCGCAGCCAUGUGACAGUCACAUGCUUGUGGAAUCAGGGUCUGUCAGUGGGUGCUAAAAAAAAUUUACUUGUCCAUCAAUUUUCAAAUUGUGUUGCAUAACAUUUGACGCUAACAGUGACAGGGUAGAGACACGAUACUUACUGAUAUCUAACAUGGUGUCCAAUGUGCAAUAUUAAAAUAGAAUACCUUCUUGUGUAUUAUUAUUCAAAUAAAAUACCUUCUUGUAUGUUAUUUUAUCCCUGACAAGAAUGUCCUAAAGUACAACAUAAACCCCUGUUUCAUUUCACAGUAGUUUUUCUGUUCUCCAUCUAAAUGAUGCAUGAAACCAAAAAGACCUAAAAAAUCUUAUAUUGUUGUAUAGUGUUGGGUCUGCUGUCAUUGCCUAUAUAUGGUGCAUCACUGAGAUUCAGUCAUGAUGCAUCACCAGGGCAGAUCAAACAGAUCAAACAUCAGAAAAUUACAAAUGCAGCCCAAAAGGAUCCUGAUGAAUGUGCACUGAAUUACUGUGCUCACAAAACUUGAAAUGUGAUUUUACUGCAAGUAAUAAUGAACCAAAUCCUUACUUCCAAAUCCUUACUGGAGGAGGGUGCCCCCCCCCAGCUACUGGGUAGGGCAGCUCCUCACAGCUCCUGCACUCAUGUAUUUACCAUUGAGCCAGUGGGCCUGUGAAGCUCAAAAAAGAGGCUGCCGAUCUGGCCGGCCUGUUCAGUGUAUGCAGUUAUGUGAGGGUGCGAGCUGCUUUGUGUUGAUGUUAGCUUCACCAGUGGCUCUCCUCUUACGCUUGACCUGCUCUGCGAUUGAAUGGUUUGCCAGAUGCAGUGGCUCAUACACCCAGUGUGCAGCAGAAACCUUGAGUAUGAAAGCAUACUGACUCUGGACUUGAUAGCAUAGCCAUUUAGCUUCUUUUUUUUAUCAUUGCUCAGGUUGUGUUGACUAUAAUAACGUAGAAUGUUUAGUGUGUUAUUUUCUUUACCUUGAUUUGAAGAUGAUGCAAUCAGUGUUAGUAGAUGCCCAUGUGGCGACCUAGAUAUGCUUCACUGCUGUCACCCCCUGCCUCUCUGGUCAGUGCGCUGUACAUUCUCCUCACAUUGGGGGGGGGGGGGGGGAGGUGUUGAGGGGGAGAGGAAACUGGGGGUUUGCUAAGUUGCUAAGAAAGUAAUGCCCUAGAUGGCUGCCUGUGUUGCCUGUUGGGUUGACCCGCCCUGGAUGUAACAGCAAGUCACCGGUGCAGGAGUGUGUGAUCCUAGAAGAGAUGCUGAGGAUGUCGCUGCUGCCGUGAGGAGUGAAAGCCUUCAUUGGUAGGGGAACAAGGGAAAUUGUCAAUAGCCCCCUUUUUUAGCCUUUGUGGUUAUGGGGUGUGGCAAUUAUCUGCAGAGAGCAGGGGGAUGUGCUUUUGGUGCCAUUCUACUUGAACUGUUAAAUGAUGAUGACAUGAGGGAGAUCCCCCACAGACUGUGGAGAUAGAGAGAAAGUGACUGAGCAGAGAUGGGGAUGGGGCCUAUAGCUGAGGAAGGAUGAUCUAGUGGGUAGGUGGACAAGCACAGGAUCUCCUGGCACCGGUGUCUCGCUGCCUGGAUUUGGUGAGAUUGGCUAAACAGACAAGCUUGCGUGUCACAUAUUGACUGUGGUAUGUCCUGUUUUUGCUUUUUAAAAUUUAGAUAACAGGAAAUAGCCAAAGUCUAAUACAGAAUUUGUCAGUGUGUACUUAAUCUUCAGCUAUGGGAUACAGGCUCAGCAGUGGUUAUACUCGCCAAACAAAGUCUUUCAAAAAUAAAUAACAGUUAUGAAAAACUU